AUGUCUCGACUAUUGAUUUCAUAUCAACCGAAGAAUCCGUUCUAUACAACACUCAUACUGAUCAACAAAAAUAAUUAUACAGAUCAGCCAUGUGUAGAGCCUUACUUUUUAAGCAUUGAUCCACAGAAAAUAAUGCCAAACCAUUUAGAUUUUUCUAAUGGAUUAUUUGUAAGUGAGGUUAAGGAACAAUUAUAUCUCCAUAGUGAGGUACCCUGUUGGUUUGGCUUGACCAAUACUGGGAAAAUUGCAAUCAUGAUAGAAGUGGACAGAGGAGCUGAUUUUAAUGCUUCAUUUCAAGAAAAGUGUCGAAAAUUUAACAUUGAUUUACCAGAAGCAGUUUUUCAAAGAUACGAUGACGACGAGGAAGUUGUUAAAGAAACACCACGAGAGUCAACAGGAUCUCCAAGUGUGAUGUCCUCAUGUGACUCUGAGAUGGUCAAAUCUACAUCAAAAAAGUCUGAAAGAAGGAAAGAAUUGAAGUUUGACCAUUUGACUAAAAUGAAGCAUGACACCAAACUGUUGCUAGUGAAAGAUUUUCUUCAUUCUCCACUCACUCCAAUUGAAUAUUUACAAAAAAUUGCAAUCAAGACAAGAAACUUGGAUGGUUUUAACUUCAUUGUUGGAGAUCUUUCGAAAGGAUUGUAUUUUUAUUCCAACAAGGACAAGGAACGAUGCAUCUAUGAGCUUGUACAGGGAGAAUAUGCAAUCAGCUCAAUUCCUGGCCUGGACACCUCGUCAGAAGUGUUUGAGUGUGUGAGAAGAGCCAAAAAAGAAUUCCUAAAAUCAGUUUCAACAUUGAGUGCCUACGAUCUCGAUGAGGUUCCUGUGCAAUAUGAUGAAUUGAGUAAGUGGGUUAAAUCAAAACAAGACAUGGUCGUGGAAAGAAGGAAACAAAUGAACUCUAGCAAGACACUUCAUGAAUUGUUUUCCAUUAUUGAAAAAGAGGAGAAACUUGGAAUUGAAGAAAUACAUGACAUGAGCUACUAUUUAAAAUUACACCCCUCUUUAUUUGAAUUACUGAGAUCGAUGUUUAUUAAUCAUCCAGUUUUUGCUACAGAGUUAAACAUGAUGAUUCUUAUACAUGAUUCUUCCAUUCCUUCAGAAGAAGAGUGCAUCAAGACAUUUGGGAAGAAAGUUGCUCAUACAAGUGGUACCCAAAAACGAAGAAAAGGAGUUCUCAAAUCAUCCUCAAGUGUUCAAAGCAUAAUUACACCAACAAGAGUCAUUUCAAUUGAAACUCCUGAAAAACCACCCCCUCCCAUGUUCUCCAUCGAUCGAAAAAAGUAUUUGUGUAAUCUUUACAUUCGCAAGUACAAUCAAGACUUGUUGACACGAGUGAGAAACGGCGAAUUUAAUGAAGAUGAGUAUUGGGAAACAUUAUUAGGUGGCUCGUCCUCUCUUGAUGACUCGUUCUACAAGUCCAUCUUUCAGUACUUUUACAUUGACACCACCACUCAUGAAUUGUAA